GGCGCCGCCGGGGCUGCUGGAGGCAGGGGGCGCCUGGGGGCGCCGCCGCCGCGGCCCGCCCUGAGCUCCCCUCGGCGGGCGGCACCGUCCCGGCUCUGCCCCGCCGCUCCCGGGAGGCAAGAGGGGAGCGAUGGCUCCUCCCAGGAAAGGCGACCUGAGCCAAGAGGAGAAGGACUUACUGGGAGUGAUCGCCAGAGGGAACACUGAAGAGGCUGGAAGGCUACUGGGCAACAAGAAUGUCCGUGUCAAUUGCUUGGAUGAGCAUGGCAUGACCCCUCUAAUGCAUGCAGCAUACAAAGGGAAGGUAGACAUGUGCAGGUUGCUCUUGCGACAUGGGGCUGAUGUUAACUGCAAUGAACAUGAGCAUGGAUAUACUGCCUUGAUGUUUGCUGGACUUUCAGGAAACAAAGAAAUCACUUGGAUGAUGUUAGAGGCUGGAGCAGAGACUGAUGUUGUCAACUCUGUGGGAAGGACAGCAGCACAGAUGGCUGCUUUUGUGGGUCAACAUGACUGUGUGACCGUCAUCAACAACUUCUUUCCACGUGAAAGGCUGGACUACUAUACUAAACCACAGGGCCUAGAUAAAGAACCAAAACUGCCAGUAAAGUUAGCUGGGCCUCUUCAUAAAAUAAUCACUACUACUAACAUGCAUCCUGUUAAGAUUGUGUUGCUGGUAAAAGAGAACCCUCUAUUGGCAGAGGUAGAAGCACUGCAGAAAUGUUACAGGGUUCUGGAUCUAAUAUGUGAGAAAUGUAUGAAGCAGAGAGAUAUGAAUGAAGUACUUGCUAUGAAAAUGCACUACAUCAGUUGCAUCUUCCAGAAAUGUAUUACAUUCUUAAAAGAACGAGAAGAUAAACUAGAUGGAUUUAUCAAAAGUCUCUUGAAAGGGAGAGAAAAAGAUGGUUUUCCUGUCUAUCAAGAGAAGCUAAUUCGAGAAAGCAUUCGAAAGUUUCCUUACUGUGAAGCUACAUUGCUCCAGCAGCUUGUGAGAAGUAUUGCUCCUGUUGAACUGGGUUCUGAUCCUACUGCUUUUUCUGUACUUACCCAAGCUAUUACUGGCCAAGUGGGUUUUGUAGAUGCUGAAUUCUGUACAACCUGUGGGGAAAAGGGAGCAGACAAAAGAUGUUCAGUAUGUAAAAUGGUGAUGUACUGCAACCAGAACUGCCAGAAAGAACACUGGUUUACCCACAAAAAAGUCUGCAAGACACUGAAGGAAAUUCAUGAAAAACAAGAACUAGAAGCUGCCAAAGAAAAAAGGAAACAAGAAAAAAGGCAGAAGAAAGAUGAAAUGCAACUAGCAGAGGCUAGUUCUACAGGUGAAGAACAGUCAGAUUCUGGACCAAACGCUACCAAAGAAGCGGAUCCAAAUCAUGCUGCUGACAGAAGAGAAGAAAUUGAGCAUACCAAAGAGUCAGAGGCACUAGCCCCACACCCUGACAGUCCAUUAGAAAGUGAGACUGGCUUAGCUGACAUUGCUCUUCAAAAAAUUCAAGAUUCUGAGGAAUAGGUGGAGGAUAGGAAGAGACUAAGUGUUCUGGCUAAGUCCCUGUACCUCAGUCAUCAUAAAAAAUAUUUAAUGCUGACCAUGUCUGACUUGACACAGCAUGGCAUAUGCAAGGCUCCCUAUGAAGGACAGCGUGUGUCUGCUUAUCCUGAGAUGAAAUACUCACUAAUUUGUUCACAGAUACUUGGAGUUCUGUUGUAGAUUGUCAAAAUAGCUACUUAUUAUCUGAUAAAUCUGGUGUGGCAUAGAGUCAUCUACAUUUAUACCAAGAGAGUAACAUCUAUGAGAUCUGUGGUCAAUCAGCCACUUAGUAAAAAUGAAGCAUGUAAGUAAUUCAGAUUAUUGUUUUCAAAAACUAAAAUCUAUCUUCAUAGUAAUUUAAAGGGUUUUCUUCUGCAAAUACACAGAAGUACAGUUUAAAGUCUUGGGAAGCCAACUGUUAAGCUGCAGCACUUUAUGAAGCUUCUUUUAAAGAAUUCAAUAGUGAUUAAGUUUCUGAAGAUAUUAUCUGAAUUCUCAAAACCUUUCGUGACUUUGCUGUAAAUAGUUUUGACUAGUCAGUGCACAGCAACAGUGUCUGUUUUGUGGCAAUUUUAUUAAUGAUACUGCUGCUUCAGAUGUCUCAAAUUGACUGUGAAAUAUAUCUUUCAAGAGAAUGUCAUCUUUAUUUAUUUUCUCAAAAAUAUUCCAAAUUUGUCAAAGGCUAAUGAAGAGAAGACCUGAAGGUUUUUAAAUACUUUGACUGGAGAAUGAUGGUUUCUAUAUCUCAACUUUCAGGUAAAGAUGCCUUAGAGCACAUUGAGAUGUUGUAUGUGAAUUAUUUGGUGAGCACAUAUAAGUUGUUUAAUAUUGAACAAACAGACUGAACUUGGUUCUAGUGAAUUCAGUGAGAAAAUCCAUGUAUACAUUGAUACAACUGGGAUUUUAUUUAGGCUUUCAACUAAAUAUUGUAUCUUGAAAACAGUAUUCCUUAAUCAUGCUGUUUUCACUCAGAUUUGCUAUUGGUUCUCAUGAAAUCAAUGGGAAUGUUACAAGCUAAAAUACUGUAAAGUAUUUUAUUCUGUGUAAGGAUGGCAGAAUUUAAUAUUCUUUAAUUUCUGGAUGAAUAAUUGUUGCUUAGAACAUAACAUUUCAACAUAGAGGGAUCAGAACCAUCCCAAUGGAGAGGGAAAAUGCUGUAAUUUUUUUAUUAUUUAAUAUCUUGAAAGUUUUUAAUAUUCUGAAAAUUGUCAGAGUGAGGAUAGUUAAACGCUUGGGCAGGAAAUACAGUUUUUUGUAUGAUUCAUAAAGCAUUUUAAUUUCAAAGAUUUGAAGAAUAAAAUGUGAAGAAUAAAGAGAAGGUUUUCAAAAUAAGGAA